GCGGCUGUCGCCGUGUCGCUGUGUCGCGGUGUCGCGGCUGUCGCUGUGUGGCCGUGUGACGGUGUGGCCGUGUCGCGGGCAUGGCGGGGCUGCUGCCGGCGCUGGUGGCCGUGUCGCAGAAGGCGGCGGAGGUGGCGCGGCGCUGCCGGGCGGAGGCGCCGCUCUCCCGGCUCCCGGUGACCGAGAAGCCGGGCCCGGAGCGCGGCCGCCGCUUCCCCCGCGACUUCAAAACCCUGGCGGACGUCCUGAUCCAGGAGCUCAUCAAGCACGACCUGGGGACACAGUUCCCCGAGCUCCGGGGACACAUCCACGGCGAGGAGAGCAGCGAGUUCAGGGACGCGCGGGGUGGCACGGUGACAGUGCGGGUCUGUGCCACCCCGGGGGACACGGUGGCCCUGCUGCUGGCCGUGCUGGGCCCCGAGCAGACGAGGGCGGCCGAGCUGCUGGCAGAGGCCGUGCACCAGGAGGUGACACUUGGGGACACGGAGCUGGACGGCAUCGACCCCGGAGUGUCACCAGGGGACGUGGGGAUCUGGAUAGACCCCAUUGCCCCCCCCAAAUCUCACGUCCCCCUGUCCCCUCCCUCCCGCAGGUGGCAGGGUCGCUACCACUGGGGGGUGGCGCACGGCGACACGCGGCUGUGCUCGCUGUCCCCUCCUGUCCCCCGGCCGUGUCCCCGCGUGGUGCUGAGCCGGGCCGAGGCCGCGGCGGUUCGGGGGGCUCUGGCCUCGCUGGGGGGGGGUCCCCCGCUCUUCGCCGCCGGGGCCGGCUACAAGCUGCUGUGCGUGGCGCUGGGGCUGGCGGACGCCUUCGUGCUGUCGCAGGCCACCACCUUCGCCUGGGACUCGUGCGCGCCCCACGCCAUCCUGCGCGCCCUGGGCGGCGGCGUGGUGGCCCUGGAGGGGGCGCUGCGGGCGCGGCGGGAGGGGGACACCGGGGACCCCCCCGAGCUGCUCUACAACCGGCCCGAACCGGGCCGGGCCGGGCCCGAGCGCUGGGCCAACCGCGGGGGGCUCGUGGCCUUCGUGCACCCCCCGCACCUGCGGGCGGUGCUGGCGGCGCUGGGCGGGCUGGGGGACACGGGGGACACG